AAAAUCCAACCCCCGACCCCCUCUCUCUCUCCUUGCUCUUCCCAAAACCAAAAAAACUCCUUUGGAAUUCUCUCUCUCUCUCUCCCCCAUCUCUCUCUCUGUAUCUCUGGCAACAGUCUGGUCGGCAACUUCCUCACUGUGUGUGUGAGACUGCAUAAAUACAGUGUGUGGUCUCACUCACCCUCUCUACCCUUGCAAAAAUACUCCAUUUACUAUUCUCUCUCUCCCCAGUUUAUUGAUAGAGAGGAUUUUUCCGGUGCGAGAUCCAUUCACAGCUUCGCGUUUGGUCUUAGAAGGGGAUACGGAAGAGAUCAUCAUAGGAGUAUCUAUGUUUUACCUCCUGAUUUCUUCGUCUUCGAGAGGCCUUGUAGAAAGAAUUUACUGAAUCUAUUAAACAGGGAGGAGACCUUUUAUUCUUGUGAGGCUUAAAAAUAGGGAUGAUAACUGUAAUGAACUCAGUGACCAAACCGAUGAAUGAAGUGGAGAAGUGCUUAGAUUCUCAACUGUGGCAUGCCUGCGCCGGCGGCAUGGUGCAAAUGCCGCCGGUGAAUUCGAAGGUGUUUUAUUUCCCUCAGGGCCACUCUGAACAUGCCCACGAGAAAGUUGAAUUUGGGAAUUUUUCAAGAGUUCCCCCACUGAUACUAUGUAGAGUUUCAGGUAUCAGGUUUUUGGCCGACACUGAGACUGAUGAGGUUUUUGCAAAAAUCAGGCUGAUUCCUUUGAUGAAUAACGACUCCGAUUUUGAGGAUGAUGAUGGGUUUAUGGGAUUGGAUAAAACCGAGAGCCAAGAAAAACCAGCAUCUUUUGCGAAAACUUUGACCCAAUCUGAUGCAAAUAAUGGUGGGGGUUUCUCAGUGCCAAGGUAUUGUGCGGAGACUAUCUUUCCGCGGUUGGAUUACUCAGCUGAACCACCGGUUCAAACGAUCCUCGCGAAGGAUGUUCACGGAGAGGGGUGGAAAUUUAGGCAUAUUUACAGAGGGACGCCGCGCCGUCAUCUUCUGACGACGGGGUGGAGCAAUUUCGUGAAUCAGAAGAAGCUAGUUGCCGGCGACUCCAUUGUUUUUUUGCGAGCCGAUAAUGGGGAUCUUUGUGUUGGGAUUCGAAGGGCGAAGAGGGGGAUUGGUGGUGGCGGGCCUGAGUCGCCUUCGGGAUGGAAUGCGUUAGGUGGAAACUGUGCCUCUCCUUUUGUGGGAUAUUCGGCUUUCUUGAGAGAAGAUGAGACCAGAUCUACGCGAAGUGGUAGUGGAGGCGGUGGUUAUGCGAAUGGAUCUAUGAAGGGGAAGGAGGGAAGAGUGAGGGGUGUGUCUGUUAUCGAAGCAGCUACUAUGGCUGCUAAAGGACAGCCUUUUGAGGUGGUUUACUAUCCACGAACUAGUGCUCCGGAGUUUUGUGUGAAGGCAUCAGCAGUGAGGGCUGCAAUGCGGAUUCAGUGGUGUCCUGGGAUGAGAUUUAAAAUGGCUUUUGAAACGGAGGAUUCAUCUCGUAUAAGUUGGUUCAUGGGGACCAUAUCUUCUGUUCAAGUCGACGACCCAAUCCGAUGGCCUAGUUCUCCAUGGAGACUCCUUCAGGUAGCAUGGGAUGAACCAGAUUUACUUCAAAACGUAAAACAAGUUAGCCCAUGGUUGGUCGAAGUGGUAUCAAACAUGCCGGCCAUCCAUCUAUCUCCUUUCUCACCACCAAGAAAGAAGCUGCGAGUCCCACAGCCCUCGGAUUUCCCCUUUAUUGGACAAUAUCCGAUACCAUCAUUUCCAAGCAGUCUCCUCAGGCCCAACAACCCGUUUUGUUGUGUGCCCGACAACAUUCCUGCAGGCAUACAGGGAGCCAGGCAUGCUCACUUUGGACUAUCUUCAGCAAAUCUCCACUUCAACAAACUGCAGGCAGGUCCGUUUUCCCAACCACCACCGAGGGUUCCCACCGAAGAUAACGACAGUCUUUCUUCUUUGCUCUCUAUGGGUGUCUAUACCCAAAAUUCAAAGGACACUAACGAAGUAAAGGCACCCAUGUUCUUGCUCUUUGGUCAACCUAUUCAUACAAAGGAACAGAUUUCCCAGAGCUCAUCUGAUGGGAAUCAAGAGAAGACCCCGAAUUUUUCUGAUGGCUCGGGAUCGGGAGUUGUCCAAAAUGGUCCACCGGAGAACUCCUCGGACGAUGGGUCCCCCUGGUACAAAGAUAACCAUAAAUCAGAAUUUGGAUUGGAGACGGGUCAGUGUAAGGUUUUCAUGGAAUCAGAGGAUGUUGGUCGGACCCUCGAUCUCACAGCCCUCGUUUCAUAUGAAGAGCUGUACAGAAAACUGGCCAAUAUGUUUAGCGUAGAACAAUCGGAGAUGUUGAGCAACGUGCUGUAUCGGGACGCUUCAGGUGCUGUUAAACAUAUUGAAGAUGAACCCUUCAGUGAAUUUUCAAAGACGGCAAAAAGGUUAACGAUUCUAAUGGAUUCGGGUAGCGACAACAUGGGGAGGUAGAUGAAGGGGCGGUGACGAAAUGUGAUUGUACCUUGUUAAAAUGUACAGUUGAACUAUUACCUAUUCUAUAGCUUAGGAUUCUUGUUUGUUUCCUAAAGUUUCUUGGGGGUUGUAGGAGAAGCCUACUUCAACCAAUUUUCGGUUUUUAGUUUGAGACUCGUAGCUGCGGUUUGAUUGGUAAAAAAAUGAUGGUUUUUUUUUUUGAGUUACUCAUGUUUCGUGAAAAAUUGUUAAAAGUUUGGAGAUGAAAUGUUCUGUAUUGAAAACAUUCCUUUCAUGCAGAAUCACACUUUGUUUCUUUUAUGAGAAGGCAAUGCAAAGCUUGAGUUAAUUUUA